CCCUUGAACGCCGCACAUUGUGAUGCGGUACCGCCCGAGAGCUUAUUUCAACCCCAUCGCUCGUGCUUAUGGCGCCGACGGGACACGUUGACGCUUGAGUCGUCCUUAGAGUUGACCAAGUCCAUUGCGUGUUCAGAUGACUGGCCUCAUCGUCUGGUGCUUCUGUAUCUUUGUCGUAUACAAGGUCGUAUGGAGUCGGCGCAGUACACCGUUGCCCCCUGGUCCUCGUGGGUUACCACUUCUCGGCAACGCGCUGCAAGUUCCCACCAGAUACACUUGGUUGAAGUUUACCGAAUGGGCGAAGAUAUAUGGCGACGUGAUACACGUUUCCGUGCUUGGCCGCUCGUUUAUCGUCCUGAGCUCUCGCGAGGCGAUCUCCGAGCUGCUUGAGAAGAGAGGCGCUAUAUACUCCGAUCGCCCGAUCAUCCCUAUGGCAGGAGAACUUGCCGGAAACUCUAAAUAUAUCGGAAUGUUACCGUACGGGCCUCUCCACAAGGAAGGGCGUAAACUCAUAUUGGGCACACUGAAUGCCCGCAAUGCGCCGACCUUGCACGCCGUGCAGGAAGCGAAGGCCGCUCAACUUGUCUCUCGGCUCUCAGACGAUCCCCGGAACUUCCGACAGCACAUUCGCUGGCUUGUCGCGAGCAUCGUACUUGAGAUUACGUAUGGACUGGUUGUAGACAGCUACGAAGACCCUCUUGUCUGCGUCGUGCAGCAAGCCAUGGAUGACUUCUCGAAGAUGGCUGCUCCUGGCGCCUACCUGGUCGACAGCUUUCCUUUCUUGAUGUACAUUCCCGAGUGGUUCCCGGGCGCGGAUUUUAAGAGGAAAGCCAGAAAACAUCUUGAGUUGGGUGUAAGGAUUAAGGACGAGUUGUACGAUACCGUGAAAGAACAAGUGGCUAAAGGAACCGCCAUGCCAUCGUUCACCGCAGAGCUCAUCCAGAACAACCCUGACCCAACACCUGAAGAGAAGGAGUUGUAUUCGAGGAAUGCAAUAAGCUUUUAUGCGGCCGGCGCAGAUACGACUGUCUCCGUAAUCGACUCCUUCUUGAUCAUGAUGGCUCAGCAUCCUGGAAUACAACGCAGAGCUCAAGCAGAGGUCGACCGGUGUGUCGGGCAUGCGAGGUUGACAAAGCUUAGCGACCGCAAGGACUUACCCUACCUUGACGCCGUCCUGAAGGAGGUUCACCGUGUGAAUCCAGUUGGCCCCUUAGCACUGCCGCACAAAGUGAGACAAGACGAUUGUUACCGGGGGUUCUGCAUCCCAGGAGGUGCCACGGUAUUGGCCAACACGUGGGCCAUUCUGCACGACCCUGCAUUAUAUCCGGACCCAUUCAUCGUAAACCCAGAGCGAUACCUCCCCCAAUGCGGGGAGAAAGUCAACCCCGACCCUCGAUUGUUCGCCUUCGGCUACGGACGACGGGUGUGCCCCGGGCAGAUGCUCGCGGAGGACACGUUGUUCAUUGCAGCGGCGACUAUCCUCGCACUGUACGAUGUCAGCGAUGCGGUCUCUCUGGACGGCGCGGAGGUCAAAUAUGAGGGUGGGGGUAUCAUUAGUCACCCGUGUCCCUUUGAAUGUACCAUCACCCCUCGAGACAUGGCAGACUCUAGAGUGGUUUCGGGUUGAUUCGCUGUACAUAUACUUUGUCAGACACUCCUUCUAGACAUUCGGUCUUCACUUGCUCGGACUCAUACCGCGCUGCCCUCGACACCGCACCGACCGCGCGCACCAGUAGCGUCGCGUGCAUCCAUGUCGACGUCAACAUUCCCACUGGAUGCCUUAUGCACACACAAUGAACCGAUCAUUUGCGAACGGGCGAAUAAACGAGG